AUGCGCAUCCAUCCCACGUUCCACGUCUCCAAGGUCAAGCCGGCCAGGGAGUGUCCUCUGCAGCCCGCCUCUCGACCACCGCCCCGUCUCAUCGAUGGGGCUCCGGCUUACACGGUGCGUCGCUUGCUUCGCUCCCGUCGACGGGGUAGGGGUCUGCAGUAUCUGGUGGACUGGGAGGGUUACGGCCCAGAGGAGCGGUCCUGGGUUCCUGCGCGGCAGAUCUUGGAUGACCAGUUGGUGAAGGAGUUCCACCGCCUGAAUCCCGAUCAGCCCUCCUGUGCGGUCCGGAGACGGUGUUCCUCCGCCUCUGUCCCGGCCCCUCCUUCUCCUGUUCCUGGGACGUCCGGGCUGGGUUCCUGCUUGGGGGCUUCGACGUCGCGGCUGGUGGAUGGUCCUCCCUCUGGUGAUGACGACGCGGGUUCCGUUUCGGCGUUCCGGAAAUCUGACGGCUCUCCUGGUAAAGACUCCUUCGCUCGGCUAAGACGCUCCUUCUGCCUGAUCCCUGUCGGUGCUGUUACAUCCGCGGACGGACUUCCUGGUUACCGAACCCCUGCCUGUCCCAGACCAUCCCUCUGCUCGAUUCCAGUCGGCGUUCCAGCACGUGGAGACGGCUUGUGGAGCUACGGGGUUUCCUCCUCGCCAGCCACUGUGGGUACAAGCUUCGUUUCUUCGCUUCGUGUGAUACCCAGAGACUUUGCUAGGGCUUCCUGCCCGAAGAACGAACUCUUUGCCUCUCUCUCCGCUUCAACAAAUGCAGGACACGAGUGGGAAGACUGGUUCGAGCGGGAGGAAUUUAUCGGACAAAUCAGCGACAUCCGAGUGCAGAACCUGCAAGUUGAGAGAGAACUGGUUCAGAAGAGGACCUUCACCCGAUGGAUGAACCUGCAUUUAGAAAAGUGCGACCCACCCAUCGAGGUCCAUGACCUUUUCCGGGACAUACAGGAUGGACACAUCCUCAUGGCCCUGCUGGAGGAGCUCUCCGGCUGCAAACUGCUUCAUGGGUUCAAGAAGUCCUCCCAUCGAAUUUUCAGACUCAACAACAUUGCCAAGGUCCUGUCUUUCCUGGAGGAGAGAAAUGUAAAGCUGGUCAGUAUCGAUGCAGCUGAUGUGGCCGAUGGAAACUCCUCCAUCAUUUUGGGACUCAUUUGGAACAUAAUCCUCUUCUUCCAGAUUAAGGAGCUCACUGGGAACAUCAGGAGCCAGUUCCCAUCCACAUCCAGCCUUUCGUCCAUCCCCACCAGCUCUGACUCUGACACGUCCUACAGCAACCCACCCUUAGACGAGAGAAAGUCGGCAUCGACGGCCAUGCGAGAACACAGCAAGGCCAUAAAGAAACUGCUGCAGUGGGUACAGAAGCGAACACGCAAGUAUGGCGUGGCAGUGCAGGACUUUGGGAAGAGCUGGACAAGUGGUCUGGCCUUCCUGGCUGUCAUCAAGUCCAUUGACCCCAGCCUGGUGGACAUGAGGAAGGCACUACUGAGGACGGCCAAGGAGAAUUUGGAGGAUGGUUUUAGGAUAGCCCACUACAGCCUGGGUAUCCCACGCCUAUUGGAACCUGAAGAUGUGACCAUCAAUGCACCAGAUGAGCAAUCCAUCAUGACGUAUGUGGCACAGUUCCUGGAGCACUUCCCCGGCAUAGAGGAGCCUGAGGAGCCCAGCCAGCUGAUUGAAAGGAGUGUCUCCAUGGGCCGACUGAACUUCCAUGACAGUGACUCCAACCACAUAAGAAAUGGCGCUCAUCGAAGCAGGGUGAAGGAGAGGUCCUACAUGUACCAGAGGGCCUGUGCUCAUCCCCCACCCAAAAUCUUAAUUUCCUCCAUUUCAGAGGACAGGAGCACAGUGACACACCGAGUCAGGCCAGCAGCAAAACGCUCGUGGUCCAGUGAAGACGUCUUAGCAGAUUCCCCCGACAUGGAAGACAUCUCCAGCAGUGUGGCUGAAGAGCCUAAGGACUCUGCCAGUGAGGUGUUAACCAGCUCAACCUCCAACUCCCCAGUACUGUCCUACUCUCACUUGCCCACAGGCUCAUCUGCGCCAGAGUCCGUAAACACUGAGUCCAUAAUUGGUGACUCUGCAAUCAGCUCACCGGACUCCUGGGUGGACAGUGAAUUUGGGAUGACGCCAGAGAAGUUUUGUGAAAGCCGAAGUGACAGUUCUUUAUGUGACAGCGGAACGGCUUGGGAUGUGUAUCGUGCCACCCCUGUGGAGGUCACUCCUCUUGAUGAAGGAUUUGUCCCAUCCACAGAGGAUAAAGCCAUCGAUGAGCAGUCCCUUUCGGAGUCGUAUAUUGAUGAAGGGAUUUACUCACUGAGCUCACUGGAGAGCACCCAGGAGAGAGUCCAAGGGCAUGCUGAGAAAAAGCAAGCAGAAGUAGAGAGGGAGAAAGAGGCAAACCUUGAGAUGUUCAACCAGGACAUAGAUCAAGGAAAGGUCCCUGAUAAUAGCAAAGCGGAGAAUACAAAAGAAGUAAACUCUAAACAGAUGGAUAUGAUUCAGAGCAAAGAGCCUUCUUUUGAACUGCAUGAGGCAGAAAUACAGACCAACUCAGGUGUUGAAAACCACCUUGAAAGCAAUAAAUCUAACCAGUCCCAACUCAAGCAAACUGGAGAACCGGAAAGUUCAAAGAAAGCUGUGGACUUUGCAGGGGGUGCAGCAGAUCACGAAGGAAAAAUAAAUGGCCAAACUGAAAGUCAGAAAGGGAGAAAUAAAUCUGAGGAGUUAAAAAUGGAAACUGAAUGUCAGAAAAAAGAUUCUUUGUCAGAGGAGACCAAAGCAGAGUCAAGAGAGGAUUCAGAGAUCUCAAAGAAAAAGGACACAGGAAUUGUAGAAAAAAAAGAUGGAGCAAGUGAGGGAGCGCGAAGAGUCGGCCUAGAUCCUCAAGAAAGCUUUAGCUCAGAUACUUUAGCACACACACAUCCAACAAACCAAGAUGGAGCUCCAAAAACAAGUCUGGACCAAAACACGAGUAUAAAUAUUCCUUUGAUCUCUAUUUCCGGUGAGCCAGAGAAGCAGGACGAGGAGGAGAUGUGUGACCCAGAAAGACAAGACCAUGCUGAGGAUGAUGAGGUACAUCAGGCAGAGAGAACUGACUCAGAUGUCAACAGCCCGCAAAACUUACAUGACUUGAGUUGUGACUCCAGUGACAACGCUGACAAAGCCUCUGUUGAGAUUCCUUCCUCCCUGGUAUCAGAACAUGUUGAACUAAAAGCUUCCAAACAAAAAAGGGACACAGAAAGUGGACAUUUGGAUGACAUCAGUGCAUCAUCCAAUGCAGGCACAAGAGAUAACAUGGAAAUAAGCGAAGCCAAACAGGAAUGUCAGUCCCCUGAUCAUGACUUUCAAACAGGUAGCACUGAAGACUUGAUUUCUCAGACUUCUUCUACAGAUGCUAAAUCUCAGCCUGUGAAUACUGAACAGGGUCCAGAUUCAACUGGUCAACCAGAUGGACACCAGGACAAACUGGUUGACAUCUUUUCUGACAAUGAAACAGCGACCACACAGGAUAAAACAUCAGAUCCAGUCAACUCGAAACUAAAUGGUACAACAGGAAUUUCAUGUAGCCUGUCAAGAGACAUGGACUUGUUUUAUACAGACUUUGAUCAAAAUCCUGCCACAGAGGAUCUAGUUGGUGACCCUAUCGAACCCAUGGAUCUGUUCUACCCUGACAAAGAGGAGCCCAUGUUCACAGAGCCACCUGACACUGAAAUGCAGAGUUGGCCUUCAGUUUUGAGUGUAUCUGCUCUCCAGCCGGCACCAGUUUCAGAGAUUCAGUCUGACCAAUCACUCAUCCUGCUGGAUGAAGACUGCAGGAACGGAGUGGAUUCCAGUGACAAGGUGAAUGUGAUCCCCAUGACCAACGUGGAGGCUGACAAAGCCUCUGAAUCCCAGGAACACUGUUUGCUGCCCGGAGAGAAGACAGGAGGACUCAGGGGUGCUGAUGCUCCUGCAGACGGCAGAGAUCUCAAUCAGGCUGAGCAGCAGAGUUCAGGCUCUGCCAGGGAAAACACAGAGCCUGUGAGGUGUGACAGUAAAAGUUCCGGCGGACACGAUGAAAGCCAGAUCCCUCCAGUUCUCCGCCACAGAAAGGGAGCUCGCUUCACUCAGUCCACGGACAAUCAGACAGCUGGGACUGCAGCCACCAGACAGGCUGACAACACAGACUCUGAUUUCUGGUGGAAUGAGAACUCAGAGCUCUAUCUGCUGUUGCUGCUGUGGCUGCUGCUCUACUGUUUCUGGCUGCUGCCACAGAUGGACCUGAAGACACUGCCCAGCCUGCUGCUCAACAUCAACCACUGAACACACACACACACAAGCACACACACACACACACACACACACACACAUACACACACACGCACAUAGUUACAGAAUUUUAUCAAAUAUGUAAACUUUAUUGCACCAUCACCAAAAAAAACAUGCACACAAACACACACGUACAGCUCAACUGCCACUCCACCUCCUCCUCCUCCCUCUUCUCCUUCUCCUCCUCCUCCUCUCAUCACACUGACUGUACUCCCAAACCAGUGAAGGCAUUUAAAACAUGUUGUGUUUCAAACUAUUACAGCUUUUUAGGUUUCUGCUUUUUAGCUUUUGAUGUGGCUUGAAGUAAUCUGUAUGACAAUGUGUUAGGGCCUCCGCUGGGGAAAAUCAUGUCUGAGAUUUUAAGGAAAAACACUGCAAUGUUUUGAGUUAAACAACACUGAGAGAGUCAAAUUGUUAUUUUACAAAUAGAAAAAUGAUAAUAUUACAGUAGCCUAAAAAUAUAAAGUGAAAAAGUGAAUAUUUUGAGAGGAAAAAUGUGUUGGGACAAUGAAGUAUUCAUUCUUAGAAAAAUAAUGAACAAGGGCAAUGUAUUACAACACAAAGAUGUAAUUUUACAAGUCAUAAUGUAUCAAGAAUAAAAUAGUACAAGAAUGAAGUAAUCAUAUUUAAUAAGUUAAAUUAUAAAUUCAAAGAAAAAAAAGUCACGUUAAA